UCUUAAUAUUAUAUCGCUCAAAUUUCACGACACUGUUUUCAAGUUGUACUUCCCUCUCGUGGCUUCACCUCCGCUGAACUACCCUGGUGUACUACUUAACGUUUAACCCUUACCGCUCUUGUGAACAAACAGUCUGAGUCCUGUCGCGGUCACGAUACCGUGUCUCCUUGCUCAAGCCGAGCAGUCUCCGUCCGGCGUUUGCUCAGCUGGUUCAUGUACAGAGCUCGUCCGUUGCAAAUCUCCUUACGCCAUCGCGUCUUCCGUGACCCGACAGCUGACCUGGGUAGCAUCAGUACGUAGAUCGCCUAUUGCCGACCGUACACAGACGUCGGGCUUCGAUAGGCCACUGGCAAGCUACUGAUGCUAUUUAUGAGGUCUGGCGGCAGCAGGGACGCGACCACAGACAUUCCGUGCAUUGCACACGAGCAUGGACGACCCACUCGCGCCCGCGCGGUCGAUCUGGGAAGGGAAUGGCUUGCCCGCCCAGGCUCUGUCUUCUUUGAGGUUGAGUCGGAACCCCGAUCCCGCAGUCAAUUCAUCCUUCAAGCUUGGGACUGCGGCGCAGACUGUGAUAGGCCUAUCCGGGCUUGGAGCGGCCCACUUCCAUAAGCUGAGGACAGGCGUCGACCAAGAAGUAUCCGUAGAUGCUCGACAUGCGGUCCUAGAGUUCAAGAGCGAGGCCUGGUACACGAUCAACGACUCGCUCCCGUCUGGCACUCUCUUCGAUCCGCUGGCCGGGCUCUACAAGACGAAAGACGACAGCUACGUCCGGCUGCACACCAAUUUCCCCCACCACCGCCAAGGCAUACUCGACAUCCUCAGAUGCGCGCCGACGCACGACGCCGUCGCCGCCGCGCUUCUCCAGUGGAGCGCCGUCGACUUCGAAACGGAGGCGUCCGCGCGCAAGAUGGUCGCGACCGCGCUGCGCUCGUUCGAUGAGUGGGACAGGCAUCCGCAAGGCCGCACACUCGCGGGCGCGCCACCCGUGCAGCUCGUCAAGAUCGGCGACGCGCCUCGGCGUGAGGUCAGAGGAGAUUACGCCCGACCCCUGGAAGGGAUCCGCGUGCUGGACUUUACGAGGGUCCUUGCAGGGCCCGUGUGCGGGAGAACGCUUGCUGCGCACGGGGCGGAUGUCCUUCUUAUCACCUCCACGAAGCUCCCUGCGUUGCCUCUCCUCGAUACGGAUACAUCUCGCGGGAAGCGCGCAACGCAGCUCGACCUCACCACACAGACAGAUCGCGCGAUACUUAGCGAUCUUGUCAAGGACGCCGACGUGUUCUUGCAGGCAUACCGCCCGGGCGGGCUGCAGAACAAGGGUUUCGGGCCUGAGGACGUCGCUACAGCGCGACCUGGGAUCGUGUACGCGAGCCUGACGGCGUAUGGGUGGGAAGGACCUUGGAAGGACCGUCGUGGAUUUGACUCACUAGUGCAGACCGCCUCCGGGUUCAACGUCGCGGAAGGGGAGGCUCAUGCCACGUUCUCCGCGGACGGCGCGGGACCAGCACCUCGCCCUCUCCCCAUGCAAGCUCUGGACCACGCCGCUGGAUUCCUCCUUGCCUUCGGGAUUAACGCGGCGCUCUGCAAGACCAUCACAGAGGGAGGCUCGUGGGAGGUUCGCGUCUCCCUCGCUGCCGUUGGCCAGUGGAUCCGCUCUCUGGGCCGUUUCAAUCCGGCGGUAGCAUUCGGCGAAGGCAGACCUUUACCUUCUCGGAGUCUACCAUGGCCAGAGGAGUUGCAGCUCCUCGCAGUUUCCCAUCUUCGCCACUCGGGAGACCACGCAACAGCUAAUGACAAGCAACCUGAGAGGAUCACCGCUAUCAGUCAUGCUGCGAAGCUAUCACAUACACCCGUAGAGGAAAGCGGCUCACCGAUAUCACUGAAUGCCCACAACCCUGCGUGGCUUCCUCGGCGCCAGUAGGACUUGCUUUGCCUAACCACUCAAUUGCAAGAUGCCCUGAUGAUUGCUCACACGCGUGCG